UUUACACAGCUGCUUUUGUUGAAUGAAUGUCCUAUUACCACACAAUAAUGUUUGCUGAGUGUCUUAAACCUUUCGUGGGGCUUUCCGGUUCUCCCUGCCAGUACCCUUUCUGUUAAUAGUCCCAGGCAUUCCCACUCUGAACUGUCCUACCUCACACAAAUCCCCAAAUCCUCCGGACAGGACAUCUGCACUGUGUCGUGCCUACUCCAUGCACCUAAAUUCCCUGCUUGCUUUUCCUUUGACCCUCCCUGCCGGUUUCUGUUGACCCGGGGUCUUAUCUUGUCCUCUGGAGGUAUGCUAAGUACUGUGCCAGCCUGCCUGUUUGCCUGGCCUGUUUUCUUUCACUGCCAGCACCUCUUGGAUUCCAAUUCCAAACAUGGUAUCCCUCUGGGGUCACCCUUUCUUCCGGUGCCAAGAGAUCGUGCAUUCCAAAUGGAACACAAGUGUGCCUCUCCUGCUGGCUCUCCACUCCUCCUCAUUCUGCCCGGGAACAACGGAGAGCAGGACGUGGCUGCUUCGUCCUGCGUUGCUGAAGUUUGUGGUGUGGAGUUCCUACUUCCUCUCAGGACAAUGUUUGCUUUUCACUAAGAACUAAAUAUGAAGACUAUCCUAAGAAAGCCGGAGCCAAAGAAGUUUACCAGAGCACUGUGGGGAGAACAAGAGCUUUGCUGAGAGAGAGAAAGGGGGAAAGGAAGAAGGAAAAGAAAAAUCCCAAACAACAAACAGGUUUCCAAGCUUCCAUGAAGUGUACUAUGCUCUGGCGUCCUUUCUCAGAGCCACCGGAAACAUUGCUAUCAGCAAAGGUAGUGCUGGUGGUGAGAAGCCACUUGGGAGUACAGAUUAACUGAUUUUUCCCCCAGUUUCCUUUGUGGAGACCGUAUCUGAGCCUGCAAAGGCCUUGCAAGCCCCAAGGAUGAGCGCCAACGGCAGCUCGGUGGCUCAGCUCCUCUGGCAGCGGCCUGUGUGCAGUAGCUGGAAGCAGGAUGUGGAAGGAGCUCUCUACCACCUGGCCAACUGCUUCUUGCUUAUGGGCUUCAUGGCAGGCAGUGGAGUAUAUGGAUGCUUCUAUCUUUUCGGCAUCCUGGGCCCAGGCUACCUCUGCUGCGUGCUGUGGGGCUGGUUUGAUGCCUGUGGGCUAGACAUCGUCCUUUGGAAUGUCCUCCUGACAGUGGCUUGCCUGCUUCAGCUGGCUCACCUGGUAUAUCGAGUACGGGUGAAUACCCUCCCGCAGGAGUUCAACCUCCUCUACAGGACACUGUGCCUGCCCCUGCGGGUACCCCUGCAGGUCUACAAGGAAAUUGUGCACUGCUGCCAUGAGCAGGUCUUGACACUGGCCACAGAGCAGACCUAUGCUGUGGAGGGUGAGACACCCAUCAACCGCCUCUCCCUGCUCCUCUCUGGCCGGGUUCGAGUGAGCCAGGAUGGGCAGUUUCUGCACUACAUCUUUCCAUACCAGUUCAUGGACUCUCCUGAAUGGGAAUCACUGCAUCCUUCUGAAGAGGGGACCUUCCAGGUGACGCUGACCGCCGAGACCGAAUGUAGCUAUAUUUCCUGGCCCCGGAAAAAUCUUCACCUUCUUCUGAACAGAGACCGAUAUAUCUCCCGCCUCUUCUCAGCCCUGCUGGGCUAUGACAUCUCCGAGAAGCUCUAUACCCUCAAUGACAAGCUGUUUGCCAAGUUUGGGUUACGCUUCGACAUCCGCCUUCCCAGCCUCUACCAUGUUCUGAGUCCCUCAGCCUCAGAUGGAGGACCAGAGUCUGAGAAAGAUGAUGAAGAAGCCCUUGAGGCAGAUGUGUCCCCUGCUCAGGCCAGGCCCAUCUGCAUCCUGCCAACACCCUCUUGUUCCGGGCCUCCAGCUACCACCAACUUCCCUGUGUCUCUCCCCCGGGCCAGGAUGCCCAGGCCUGACAGUGGCACCCUGGGUGAGGACUCCACCAGUCUGGUGCUGGAGGAUUUUGAGGAGGUUUCGGGAUCAGAGUCAUUUAUGGAUUAUAGGAGCGAUGGGGAGUACAUGAGGUGAGGGCGGAACUAACAUGGGCACAGACACCGGCUCAGGAUCCUAUUACUUGGACAUUUUCCUCAGGACUCUACCCAACCAUGGCGGAGGCUUGGCUUUUCCUGAGGAAAGCCCCACCAUCAACCUAGAAGGCAUUUUAAGGUUAGGGGUGUACAAAGGAACCCUACACUCUUAGAGAAGCACCCGCAGAUGUGAAGAACUGGUCUGGUGCACGGAGUGAAUGAGCGCAUGUAUUUCAAACAAGUCACAUUGCUGAUGAGAGAAGCAAGAGAUAUGGACGUUAUCCUUUCCUGUGGAGUCAUUCCAAGACCGAAACCCAGGAUAACUUAGCAUACCUUCCUGUUCACUUGUCCUCUUUCUGUCUCUCUAUCCCCCAUGCUUGCUGACCAGUGUAAACUGUAGGUGCUUCAUGCUGUCUAGCCUGCUUCCCCGCCUUUGGUGUGAACUGUGGGUGCUUCAUGCUAUCCAGCCUGCUUCCCCACCUCUGGUGUGAACUGUGGGUGCUGCAUGCUAUCCAGCCUGCUUCCUCAUCUCUUCAGUUCACAGAGCACUGACUUCUGCUCUUCUUUCUGGUUCUUUUCCAUUCCUCCUACUUGUCCCUGUUGUCUUGGAUUGUGGCUCUAUGUAUCCCUCUUGCUCACACUUCACCUUCUCCAUCCCCAUCUGCCCCCUGACUUCUCCUGUUUUGCUUGGAUGUUUAACAGUCUGGUUGUUUUCUUUCCCCUUUGCCCAGUCUCUGGCUUUGCUCUCUCCUCUUCCCUAAGCAACCUUGUGUCUCCAUUUUGCUAAUUCCAAAUCCUAACUCGUCCAAGGAGCUAUCUGAGGAUAAAGAAAACCAUUCAAAUAAAGGCCUGAAAACCC